AGUCUCAUAAGCUUUCGGAAGCGGAUUCCAAGAUCCUGACGUGAGCGGCUCUGUGGGCGACGGUUAGGGCUGCAUUAGCUGCCGGCGCAUCAAACAGCGAGGCAGUCUCCGAGGGGACGAGACGGGCAAAUUGUACUGAACAACAUAUAAUGGCUGCUGAAAGCGAACAGUCUGUGUCGCAGGGCAUCAAACGGCCUCAUGAUGAGCUUGGCAAUGGAGAAGAUGGCAAUGUGAAGAAGGAAAACGUGGAAGAAGAGUCGGACGACGAUGAUAUUGGCCCAGCGCUACCCUCUGCGGAGGCACCGAGGAAGAAGAAGCGCAGAAAGUUACCAUACGAGAAGCAAUAUAUCGCUGCUCUGCCGACUGCAACACGCUACUACAAAUCGUUGAUGCACAAAGAUCAACUAGCGUUCUGUACCUUUACACCACAUACGGACUUCCUAAUUACGAGCUCCGUGGACGGGUAUGUGAAGUUCUGGAAGAAGGUCGCUGGUGGCAUCGAGUUCGUGAAGGAGUAUCAGGCGCACGAUGGCGAGAUCAAGAAUGCCACCGUUAGCGUGGACGGCAGGAGUUAUGCGACAGUGGGCGCAGACGGCACGGUGAAAAUCUUCGAUGUUGUAACAUUUGACUUGCUUGCUGUGUUACAGCCGGAGAUGCCACCUAAGUGUGCAUGCUUUGUACAUGGCCAUGGCUCGUCAUAUCCACUACUGGCAUUGUCGAGUGAGGCGGAUGGACGUAUCGACAUUCUCGACGGUCGAGGCGAGAAUCAGAAGCCGAUACACUCCAUAUCGGCACUGCAUCGCAAGCCGGUCCAUCUUAUGGCAUACAACGUCGCAUACGAUUGUGUGAUCUCUGCGGAUGAGGGCGGCAUGGUUGAAUACUGGCGGCCAUCCGGCAGCUACGAGAAGCCGAACAAUGUCUUCGACAUGAAGAGUACCACUUCCCUCUUCGAGUUCAAGCGUGCAAAGUCGACGCCUUCUUCCAUCACGAUCUCUCCGACGGGGACACAGUUUGCAACCUUCUCGUUUCCAGACCGCAAAGUGCGCGUAUUCGAUUUCGUCUCUGGCAAGCUGUACCGCACAUACGAUGAGAGUAUACAGACGCUUACAGACAUGCAGCAAGCCGGUACGCUUAGUAACGAGCCAAUGGAGGCUGUUGACUUCGGCAGGCGUAUAGCAGUUGAGCGAGAACUUGAGCAGUAUCCGGCUGUGCGAAGCAGACUCAACGUCGUGUUCGACGAGAGCGGACACUUUAUCCUAUAUGGCAGCAUACUCGGCACGAAGGUGCUUAACACGCUCACGAACCGUGUCGUCAAGCUCUACGGCCGCGAAGAAACGUUCCGACCCCUCAAUCUGGCGCUGUUCCAAGGCCAACCAAAGAGGAAAGACGUCGUGACCGUGCAAAUGGCCGCCUCGGACAAUCCUCUUCUCGCCGAAGCUGAGGCGCGAGAUGCUAUGCUUGUUACCACGGGCUCCGGCAAGGUCCGCUUCUAUAUGUUUAGCAACGAGACGCAAAUCUCCAAAUCAGAUCGCGACAUCCAUAACGAGAAGCCGAAGUCACUCAGCCUCGCUGCUAAACAGCAAGCGGAAGCCGAAGAGCGCAACUCGCGAAUGGCCAAAGAAGCAACCAUCCACACUACCAUGGGCGACAUACAUUUGCGUCUCUUUUCGCAGCACGCCCCCAAAGCAGUUGAGAACUUCACUGUCCACUCUCGCAACAACUACUAUAAUGGCAUCAUCUUCCACCGCGUAAUCCGCAAAUUUAUGAUUCAGACUGGUGACCCGCUCGGGGAUGGCACAGGCGGCGAGAGUAUCUGGGGCAAGGAGUUCGAGGACGAGAUCACGCCUGAGUUGAAGCACGAUAGGCCAUACAUGGUCAGCAUGGCCAAUGCGGGACCGGGCACGAACGCGAGUCAGUUCUUCAUUACGACAGAGAAGGCUCCGUGGCUGGAUGGGAAGCAUACCAUCUUUGGGCGUGUGGUGAAGGGGAUGGAGGUGGUGCAUGGGAUUGAGAAUGUGAAGGUGCAUAAGGAGAAGCCGGCGGAGGAUGUGAAGAUUGUUAACAUAAGCUUGGAGUAGCUGUAUCUAGAUGUAUGCUCGUGGACGAUCAGUAGCUCAAUGCUUGGAUACGAAGCUUCUGAUUGGUUGCAAUGAUCGUCAUCGUGCAACGACGGCUUGUAGCAAGCUUGAGUGCAUAAUCGCAUGCGUUCAUCAACCUCCUUCGCCAUGUCCUGCCUAUCAUCUCAUUCGUUGCAUCCUGUGCGGUCCCUUAUCAGCUACCAAUCUCAUAUCCGGAGCUUCACACUCAGUGCGAUUGCUCGCGAAGCCCCACGAACGCAGGUCAAGCCUGCA